UCUACCACUUCCAUUUCCCACCCGAAUAUUCAAUCAAGGAGGGAUCGCUUGAGUUCCCGCCCAACAGAAUUUGGCGCGUUUUCUAACCAUCUGAAAAACCCUCUUUUCCAGCGAGCUAAAAAGUCCCUUUCCCCACUAGCUCUACCCUCUCAAAUCUCAAACUCUCUCUACAAACAGUCCAAUAGCUCUCCUCUCCACCCCCCCCCCCUCUUUUUUACGUAUAUCCGUCUCUCCGAUCCGGAUAACCCCCCAAUCACCUCGCCCUUCUUCGUCGUUUCGGUAAUCAUAGAGGGAGAAGUUCGUGGAAGGUUCUAUUGCUCUUUGUUGCUAUCGAAGCGUCUCUGGUGGCUGGAGCGAAUGAAAAAACAGCAGUGGUGCUCCCCGCAGUCGUAGAGUAAUCUGGGAAAGCAUCUUGUGCAUUUUAAUGAUCGUUUGUGUACUAAUGAGAAGAACCUGAGCUUUAUAUCUGAUGGAGUUGAGAAGUUGCAAUCAUUUGCACUUUAUCCAGGCUCUGAAAGGUGGUUUAGUGAUCAAGACUCUGAAUGUGGCUUGCGGACGACCAGUACUCAGAUUCAAGGAGUUGAAUGACAUACAUGAAAGAUUAGAUGCCAAAAAUGGUGUUUCGUUUCCAAGAAUUCCACCAAAAGAUGAGUUCAGGGGAUCGCCUGUCAACAGUAACAAGGCCAUGGGUGAAAGUCGAAGCAGGCAUACUGUGCGAAAUAUAACAGUCAAAACUGAACCUGAAGCUUAUGAUAGCAGUGAUGGCAAUGCCGGAACAAAUAGUGAUUUGGAUGGUUUUGGUGAUAUGACACUGAAGCAGAUCAAAGAGACAUGCAAGAAAAAGAAAAGAAAACGUUCAACGCUUGUUGAUUUGAACAAAAUACUUGAAACUUGCUCAUCUGCAAAGCAUGAGUGUUCUGAGUCACAAAAUGAUGAAGAGGAUGUUGAUCUCAUAGAGCCUAUUAGUAAGUGGAAACACUCGAAGAAGGCAAAGGCCAGGACUAAGAGUAAGCUUAAGAGAAACGUUUCCUCUACUAUGUCUAAAAGGUCCACAUCGACUAUCACAUCUGAGCCGGAGUUAUUCCAAUUCGAUCGAGAUGUGAUUGCAUCUGGUCUCAACAUUAAAGUAGAGGUUCCUGAAACUGAGUUUUCAGAUAUCCAAAACACAAUUCCUUUUGCUGGUGGUACCUCUUUGUCUUGGGACAAUCAGGAGGGUUCUUGCGGAGUGGUGCCUGAUGAAUCUCCUGCGACAGCUGCUAAUUGUGUUUACAAGACUGAGUUGCCAAUUUCUGAAACUAAAGAAAGUCAGAUUUGUGUUGUUAAUGAAGUCUUCUAUGAAGAUUUGGAGGAAGUGGGGCCUGAUGAAUCUCCUGCGACAACUGCUGAUUGUGUUUCCGAGACCGAGUUGCCAAUUUCCAGAACAAAAGAAAGUCAGAUUUGUGUUGUUAAUGAAGUCUUCUAUGAAGGUUUGGACUGUGCAGUGAUGCCUAAUGAAUCUCCAGUGACAGCUGCUGAUUGUGUUUCCAAGACCGAGUUGCCAAUUUCCGAAGCAAAAGAAUGUCAGAUUUGUGUUAUUAAUGAAGUCUUCUAUGGAGAUUUAGAGUAUGAAGUGGUGCCUGAUGAAUCUCCUGCGACAGGUGCUGAUUGUGUUUACAAGACUGAGUUGCCAAUUUCUGAAACUAAAGAAAGUCAGAUUUGUGUUGUUAAUGAAGUCUUCUAUGAAGAUUUGGAGGAAGUGGGGCCUGAUGAAUCUCCUGCGACAACUGCUGAUUGUGUUUCCGAGACCGAGUUGCCAAUUUCCAGAACAAAAGAAAGUCAGAUUUGUGUUGUUAAUGAAGUCUUCUAUGGAGAUUUGGAGUGUGAAGUGGUUCCUAAUGAAUCUCCUGCGGCAGCUGCUGAUUGUGUUUCCGAGACCGAGUUGCCAAUUUCCGAAGCAAAAGAAAGUCAGAUUUGUGUUGUUAAUGAGGUCUUCUAUGAAGAUUUGGAGUAUGCAGAUCCCACGCCUAUUCAGAUUGUAACGACCUCAGAUUGGGAUAUUGUUGAGGCAGAUGAUCCAGAGUUCACCAGCUAUGACUGCUUGAAUUUGCCUCUAUUAGAAUAUAACAUAGAAGGAUAUAUCACGGAUUCAGUUCUCCCUGACAACUUCGUUGAAGCAAUAUGUCCGGCGCAUGAUCUAAAUUUUGAUAUGCAUGACAAUAUUUCCUCUGAGGAUGAAAGGUUAUGUCAGGCUAACAGCGAGACCCAGGGUCGACUAUCUGAGGUGGUGGGUGAUUAUCUCUUCCAGUGCAUGGGACCUAUUAAUGGAAGUGAUUCAUGUCUAUCUGGGCCUGACAUGAAAGAUGAUUCACCUUCGAAUGUUGAAACCAGUGCUGGCCCUGAUAGUGAUUGUGACUCGGGCUCUGGUAGCGGUGUGGUUUCUGUUGCUGAUGAUUCUCCCAUGGCUGAGGAGGAGAAGCAAUCCCACAAGCCUGCCUGUGCUGGUGCAGAUAGAAACUUUUCUCGAGGGAUCUUUUCUUCUGAUGCUUCUGACGAGCUUAUGAAACUAGUGAGUGGUGGGAGUCCUAGUUUAAACCAGCAGCGUCCUCCUCAAAGGCUCUUUCCGACCAGAAAGGUCAUUUCACCAACUUCCCAAGAAAAACUGUGUAAGGCCAUGAAGUCAAUUGAGUUACACAGUGAAGAACUUCCCGGUUGUAAGGGGAAUCUAUGUUUUGGAGAACAAACCGAGAGUACGAUUGGUGGAGUCCAAGGGCCUGAUCAGAUCAGGAGAGCCAAAUUCUCUAUCAAAGCGCAAAACAACCGGAAUCCAAAGAACGAGAAUAUUAAUUCCCACCCUAAUGGCAUCCCUAAACCUUCCAAUGUUUCUGCAGCACCACCUCGUUUUACCACGGGGUGUACUUCUAUCCGAACUUGUUCAGAGAGCGCCAUUGCAUUCUCACAACGCCAGAUGCAGGACAUUGAAUCCCUUGCAACGAAACUCAUGAAUGAGUUACAGACCAUGAAAGAAAUUGCAGAAGAAAGGCGACUGCCUGAAGCCUACCAUGCUACACCCUUGAAAUAUAAUGCAAAUGAGGUGCGGAUGGCUACUAAGAACGUAACGAGAGUUGAAGCAUCUGCGAAAAGAUUGCUUUCCCUGAUGACGAGGGACUGUAGCCGGUUUUGUAAAAUCAUGAAAAUGGCUGAUAACGGCGUCGAUGCUUCUGAAAACGUUGCAAACAAAGACAAGGAGAGGAAGAAAAUUGUGUUUGCUGAUGAAGCUGGGGGGAAGCUCUGCCAUGUCAAGUUUUUUGAGAAUGACGUGGCAACAUUUUUGUGAAUAUACAUUUACGAGUAAUGCUAGAAAAAUCAUGUAUUUAUAA